AUGUCGUCCACCCCCAAGAGCGCCUCCACAACAGGCCCCUCCUCACGUUCCCCAUCCCAAACCCCCACCUCCUACCUAUCCUACCCCGUCUCCCACGUCGUCUCUGGCCUCUAUCGGCGCCUGACCGAACCCUCUCCCAAUCGCUCCGCCGUCCCGCGCCUCCAGACUCACACCUCCGACCAAGAUCCAGCAAACGACAUGCCGAAUGGCGUUUACACACCCCCGCAUCGAACCGCAUCGCCGUUCCAACCCCCGCCCUUGACGCCCCUUGCGCUCUCCGGCUCUACGUCUUCUACAAUCUUGUCGAGAACUGUCGCCGAGGAGAUCCGGCUGCUUCUACCUCCGCGUCUCCAACUCGCGGAGCAGUGGUCUCUAGCGUACAGCCUUGAGCAAGACGGCGUCAGCUUGGGCACACUCUACAACAAGUGCGCAUCGCCUGAGAUACCCCGAGAUGCGUCGUUCGUUCUCGUAGUGCAAGAUGGCGCCGGCGGGAUCUUCGGCGCCUACCUAACCUCUCCCCCGCACCCCACUUCCUCCUUCUACGGCACCGGCGAAUGCUUCCUCUGGCGCGUCUCCAUCCUUCCCUCCUCCUCUCUCCUCUCCAAUCUCCCGCCUCCACCCUCGGCGCCCGAUACCGAGAGCAUGGGCCGGAGUACCACGAUCGCGAGCCCGACAGCCCAUUCCCAUUCUUCAUCACAUCUUUCACCAUCAUCUGCAACGAAUGGCGGUGAUCGGAGAAGUGACGCUAACAAUACUGCAAGCGCAAGCGGAACGUCGACGCCGGAUCUGAUACGAUUUAAGGCGUUUCCGUACAGCGGCGUGAAUGAUUAUCUGAUUUUCUGCGAACAAGGUUACCUGAGUGUGGGCGGCGGGGAUGGGAAAUAUGGUUUAUGGCUGGAUGGAGUGCUGGAGAGAGGGAUCAGUGGUCAUUGCAUGACCUUUGGGAAUGAGCCAUUGAGCGAGGAGGGGGAGAAGUUCGAGGUGGUGGGCGUGGAGGUGUGGUGUGUGGGUCGAUAA